GCUGUUAGAACGCACUGUGCUGCCUAAGGAUCGAUAAAGGAAUAGGAAUUCGAAGAGAUUACUUCCUUUUUCAAAUUUACAAACGUGCAAAAUGAAGACUAAUACUUGUUAUCUCGUAGGCGGCUUUCUGUUGGUGGUUUCAGCGAUAUUUUUGGUCGACGCUGCUUCUAUUCAUCGUAGGAAAAUUUCAUAUGUGAGAGAGAAGAGGAAUCAGCCCUUUGGACUCCUUUUGGGCCAUCCAGCUUUCAAUCCGCAGUGGCUCGAUCACCACAAUCAUCCCGUUGCGAUAGCCAGUGGCCAAAGCGAGAGUAACGCCCAGUCUGACGCGGGAGCAGAGUUUCAAGGUGGUAAGGGUGGAAGCGGCGCGAAUUCCGGGAGUAGCGCGAACGCCGGAAGUAACGGACAUUUCGAUGGGAAUAGCGAAGCCUCGAGCAAUGCAGGAAGUCGCGCUGAAAGUCUCGGUUCCGGUGGAGGUUACAGCAGUUUCAGUAACGCGGGAAGUUCAGUCAGCGGACAAGGAGGGUCUGUAAAAUCAACAUCUGAUUCUAAAUCGCAAAGUUUCACCGGCGCAAACGGAAGCUUCGCUUCAUCCAGUUCUUCGUCAUUUUCCUCUUCAUCUGCCGGGAGUGGAAUCUUCCACCCUCAUUAAAAUCACCACUGAAAAAAAGAGCUCGGUAUGAAAGUAAACCCCGAAGAAGGGAAAACAACUACAACUACACGAAUUGCAAAUGAUACCCUCAGCAAUAAUCAUUGAACUUCGUUGCUUUGUUUCGCCUCAAAUGUACCAUGAGCUACAAUAAAAUUGAAGUAAUAAAAUGGAUCGAAACUCCAAUAUCUAAUUUA